UACGUCGUUACGCACUUCCUGUUCUCUACGACGUCCCCCCUCUUCUCCUCACCGUAGCGCUGUGAAGUGGAUGUUUUGGUGAAAAAAAUACUGUGUCGAAAAGGGACGUAAACACAUUUAAAACAUGACAUUUCGACAGAGUGGGACAUAAAGCGGCGUAGCAGUGGAAAGAGGGGUGUCUUCAGCCAAGCUUUCGGUUCAUCUUUAUGUCGUAUUCCUCCGCAUGUCCGCUUUCUUCGUAGAUGGUCUCCGGCGAGCGUUGUCUGGCGGCGGACGACGAGUUCUCGACGAAUAAUAUGAAGGAGAUGAUCGGGGGUUGUUGUGUUUGCUCAGACGAGAGAGGCUGGGCAGAAAAUCCGUUAGUCUACUGCGACGGACAUGGCUGCAACGUAGCCGUGCAUCAAGCUUGCUAUGGCAUUGUGCAGGUGCCCACUGGUCCAUGGUUCUGCAGAAAAUGUGAAUCUCAGGAGAGAGCAGCUCGCGUGAGAUGUGAGCUGUGUCCCCACAAAGACGGAGCCCUCAAGAGGACCGACAACGGAGGCUGGGCCCAUGUGGUUUGUUCCCUUUACAUACCUGAAGUGGAGUUUGCAAACGUCUCAACUAUGGAGCCCAUUGUACUUCAGUCUGGGCCACAUGAGCGCUACAACAAGACGUGUUACAUCUGCGAGGACCAGGGCAGAGAAAGUAAAGCAGCCACCGGUGCCUGUAUGACCUGCAACAAACAUGGCUGCAGACAGGCCUUCCAUGUCACAUGUGCCCAGUUUGCAGGGUUGUUAUGUGAGGAACAAGGAUCAGAUGCCGACAAUGUCAAGUAUUGUGGAUAUUGCAAAUACCACCACAGCAAAUUGCGAAGGAGCAGGGGCCGUGGUAGUAGGUCUCAAGCUUAAGGUGACUCUUCUUCCUCUCAGUGUAUGAUAGACCCCCCAGAACAGGACAAUAAGAAACAUAAGGAGCGGGAUAGACACAAACCGAAACAUAAGAAGAGCUCCAUGGACAUGUCGCCCUCCCUCGUGCUUCCUAACAUCAUGGUUCCAGACAAGACUUACAACAGCAGUGGCCCAGGACCAGGAGUUGCCUCUCUGCCCGCCUCCGCACAAAAGCGAUUGGACGACGGCACCGCCCGUUUUACCAACGCCAACUUUCAGGAAGUGUCCUCCACUCACUCCGUCGGCAGUUCCAAGGAUAGCUUGGCUGCAGACGUGGGAAAGGUGGCGGCUGAGGCGAAAAACAAGAAGAACAGCGGCGGAAGUCACGGUGGACAGAGGGGUGGCCGCAAGUCUCUCACAUCCUCAGGGAAACCUCUCCCCUCUGCCGUGGUCACCAUGGCAACUUCCUCCACAUCUGCCGCUGUUUCCACCGGGCCUUUCCACCAAGGCCUCCUGCUGACCAGCGCCAGCAAAGCACCUUCUGCUUCUUCCCUCCUCUGCUUCCUAAGUUUCACUGAUUCAUCAUUGCGUCCCGGGCUGGGGACAAACUUCUUCCCCCCGUCUUUCAGCAGCUGCCUCGUGAAGCCAAGCUCAGAGGGUGGAGUCUCAGAGGGAACAGCAACACUUGGUUCACUAAUGUCUGCUACUACAGCUUCUGCCAGUGGCGGGAAGCUGUAUGAGAAUUCCCACAGUCACACAGAGCAGACAGCAAGCCUGGGUGGCUCCACUGGCUACAAACGGCCCCAACCCUCCAGCUCAGGACCAGGGAUCGGAGGAACAGCAGCGGGAGGAGGGGAGGAUGGGGUGAAGAAGAAAAAGAAAGGCAACUGGCGAAACAGAUUUGGACCAUGCUUCACCACAGAUGUGAAGCCUUCCGAACCGGCUCCCUCCCUGACUCUGCCCACUUCGUCCACAGCCAACACCUCCUCCUCCACCGCCUCCCCUUCGUCUUCUUCGUCCUCGUCGCUCUCAGGCCGGCCAGGCUUAGCGUCCAGCAGCGGAUUAGGAGUGGGAGUGGGAGGGGGGAGGAGGAGAGAUGGGCUGGGGGUCAUGGGUGUCAGCGGUGGGAUUCAGAUCCCGUCACUCCUCAGGAAUGGAAGUCUCCAGAGUGGGAGCAGCUCUACAACCACCAUUCCAGGUGUUUUCUCUGGUGCGGACGGGUCAUCGUCAGGGGCAGGAGCUGUUGCCGUCGGUGGAGCCGGCUCAGAGUUGUCACAGCAACAACAGCCCACACCUUCCUUAGCCCCGCCCUCUCCAUUCACUGCCACGGCUCCGCUAACCAGCACAGCCUCGACACACGUGAGUGGGCUGCCAGGGUCCGUCUUCAACCUCGCUCCCUCCCACAUGUUCGGUAACAGGCUCAACCCCAACUCAGCCAUGGCUGCACUCAUCGCCCAGUCCGAGGCCUCACCAGCAGAUCAGGAGGUGGGAGACGGCAGCAGCGGCGUCGGAGCUCAGGGCUUCUCCGUAAGAGCUUCUCCCAAGACCACCCCGCGUUCUCCCAUUGGUGGCCUGCAGAUCCGCUAUGACUCCUCAGGGUCGUUGCCGGGGCCGGGGCUGGGGUUGCUAGGGGCGGGGGGAGGCGGAGGUGGAGGCGGCGGCGGCGAGACGCUGCCCCCGGUGGCCACCAGCAUCGAGCAGCUCCUGGAGAGACAGUGGAACGAGGGGCAGAGUUUCCUGCUGCAACAGGGAGCGCAGGGAGACGUUGUGGGCAUGUUGAAGUCUCUCCACCAGCUGCAGGAGGAAAACAGGAGGCUCGAGGAACAGAUUAAAACUCUCACCAUGAAGAAAGAAAGACUACAGCUUCUCAGCGCUCAGUUAUCAGUGCCUUUCACCCCCUCCACGGCCUCCUCUGAUGUGAAAGUGGGCCAGCUGGGUGCCACUGACUCAUCCUUACCUGCCGCCACUCAGGACAGUGCGUCAUGUGGCGGUCACAGCAGUAGCGGUUCCACCUCCUCUCUCUCCACCCCUCCUUCCGUCUCCCAGAGCCCACCUCAGCCACAGCUCAACGGGGUCGCCGCCAUGGGAACGACCCCCACAGGGCUUGGCAGUGUGGCGGGGCUGAUGGGCGCUCUGGGUGCAGGGAACACGCUGGGCAUGGGGGGCAUCGUCGGGGCUCUGAAUGGGGUGAUCCAGACCCCGACGGGCACCGCAAGCCCUCACACACACUCGACGGGACCAGCCACGGGGGUCACACUGCCCGUUAACAACAGCAGCUCAGCGUCUGGUAAGAACAGCGCUGCGCGGCUCGGCCUGUUGUCUGAGCAGCAGAGACUCCUCCUGCAGCAGCAUCAGCUACAGCAGCUGCUGUCCUCACAGCCUUCAGCGGAGCAGCAGCAGGUGUUGCUCUACCAACUGAUGCAGCAGCAGCAGGACCUCCAGCAGCUGCAGUCCCUCUCCUCCUCUGCCCAGAUUCCCUCCAUCCCGCUCUCCUCCGCUCAGCUGCCCAUCAACAACCUGCUGCCCGCCGCCCAGAGCCAGGGCCAAGGAGCCAUCACCGCCAACCCCUUCCUGGCUCUGCAGCACGCUCACGCCGACACGCACGCCCCGGGGGCUCAGAAGCCACGGCUCGCUGAAAAGGCAGUAGGCGUCGCGGGGCAGGAGAAGACAUGACGGCAGUUGCUCUUUUGGUUUUUUCUUUUUUCGUUUUUAAAUAAAUAUGCAGAGGUUUUGGGAGAUCAGCCUGUUGGUCAACUUAGCGAUGAGAAAACAGGAGAAAUAUCCACACAUCCCCAGUCUGGUCUGUCAAUCACAUCAGUAGUUGAUCACUUCAGGCUUAUUUCAGUUCCAUGUACUAAUAGUCACAUAUGUUGUGUAAUUUUGUCUUGUUUAAUUCUGUUACAUUUUUAAUUACUGUUUUAGUUUUAGUGCUGCUUCAGGUUCUUAUUUUGAAAUAUUCAUUUAAUCCGUGUUGGUUAGUGUCCGUAACGCCAGAGCACAUGAUGUUUGGGACACUUGGUUUGUCCUUUUUUAUGACAGAUUUGACUAACAGGUGAACUUCUCAGAAACCUUUUCUUUAAUUAAUUUCUCUCUCUAUUGUCUUAUCACAUCAUUCUACCCCUUUCUUCACUUCUGUGCUCAUCUGUCUCUUAUUACUGUGUCGUAUCUCCUCUCCAUCUUUUCCGUUGUUUUUAUGUUUAAGUCUUUGCUUCACCGUUCACUCUUGCAUCACUCUCGGUCUGGUCUCUCUGCUGUUUCUGUCUCAGGGGCCCCAGCUAACCAGAGCUGUGCACUCAGCACACAAGCUAGCACACAAAACUACAAACAUUAAAAGAAAAAAAACAUUUCAGGAAAACAUGAAUAUAUAUAAAAGAAAAAGUCCAAUUCCUCACCACAGGACUUAACAGUAGCAGAUGUAUGUUUGGCAUCUGUCUUGCAGCGGUCCCAAGGGGAAUAUUGGGUGAGAGGCUUGUGAAAAUAUCCCACAUGUUCUCGCUGCUGCCUUUCCCCGUGUCUCUUUCACUCAGUUUGCGCAGAUCUAUUAAUGUCAUUGAGCCAAGCCUCGUACAGUCACCACAGAAGCCUUGCUUUUGACUGUCUCGUCUCUGGGCCAGAUACAGGGGGGCUCACUCAGCAAAGUGAAAUGCAAGUCGAAUGUUCAGAGUGAUGCAGUAAAGACUCUCAAAGAGAAAUUAUGCAGAAACGGAGCCAUUGGGUUUCACCUUGUGGAAGUCAUUACAUUUCAUCGCCCUGAUUGAGCCCCCUGCUGCACCUACCUCUCCAGCAGGACCAGCCUAUCAGGACCUAAGGGCCGGCAGCAGCGGCCAUUAAAAACCCACAACAGUCAGGACUGGCCAGUCAGGGUCCAAACCCAAGUGCCUGAGGCCAAGGGGGAAGGCGGAAUUGAUUUUCCUUUUACCUGUGUCCCUGUCACUCAGCCCAAUUCUCACAACUCUACUGGUAAUUAAGCUGUGUUGCCAUGGCAACAGAUUACUAAACACUUACUCGCGUCAGGCGGGACGCGCCGUCUCUUUAAUAAAACCAGGAAAUAUUAUUCUGCUGCAUUCUCUAAUAUCAAAGCCAACUUUGUAUUGCGCUUUUAUUUAUUUGGAGUUUGUGUAAUAGGCAUAAGAUGAUAUAUUUUAAAGCCCACUGGUGUUGCAAUUUAACAUCAUUUUGUACUACUGUGUAAAGUUUUGUUUGUCCUUUUGUUUAUUUCCCGUACAGUCGAAUCUUGCUGUAAAGCCCUUUAAUAACCUCUAUUCUGUGUCAUGUGUUGAAAUGUUAGCGCUACUUGAUAGUUGGCUGAUUUGGGGUUGGGGUGGCUGUACAUAAGUGUUUGUAGGGGGGAGGAAAUGUGUCAAGGGGGGGGGGGGGGGGGGUUCAGUGGCACAGUUUUUACCUCGUAAAGUGUACAUAGACCUUAACUCAUUGGCCGUGGGUGUAUAUAAGUUGGUUGUGAUUGGCCAUGCUGGUUUGAAGGAAAGCCAAUGAAGCCUCAGUUUGUGUGUGAAUCUUAGGACCAGACGAAAAGUUUGACAGUGACUGGACACACAAAGUAUUAAUUUAUUUUUAUAUGUGCAGGGACAUUGUGUUUCUUUUUUAAGUUUUGCACCAUUUUCUUGAUGAGAGGUCAUUUUAUACUCUGGGCACCGUGUUUUCAUCUGUGCACACAUUUGUUUGGAUCAGUUUUGUACAACUUUAAAAAAAAAAAAUGGGGGAGGGGAACCUGACAUUGUAUUUCAGAACACCAAAAUAAAGAAACACUCUGGAUAAUGUAAA